AUGGGAUUCACAGGCCAUAUGAUAAUUGGGUCGUUUAUGCUAUCACUUUCGGCAUGGUGGAUGUUCAAUAUAUUCCGAGAUUACUUACUGAGUAAAAAGAAUGGCUCUGCAUUCAAAUCAAGGGUCAGUUACCCCAUUACUACCUGUCCUAGGAUACCGCUGGAAUCGGGAUGGAAGAUCUUUGCGUUUACAUUUGUGCUUCUGUGUGAAAUAGGAUCGUCUAGGCUAACUUUCAUUGACCCAGCCGAUGGUGGAUUUCGUGCAGGAGCUAUUACAAAUUUACAACACAUGACAAUGUACGGCAUGUUCGCUCUACACGCCUUGUUUGACCUGCUGACCUGGAAGUUUCCGGUACCUGAAGGUGUCAACUCUGUGACACUUUCAAUGGCACUCAUAUGGAGUGGCGUAAGUAUCCGUAGUGGACACAACACCACUGAGUUUCUGAUAAUGAUCCACAUGCUGCCCACCUAUGUGAUGUUUGUUGCUGCUGCUGUGAUCCUGGUAGAACUCUACAGCAACCAUUCCAACUUCAUCGCCUCUGCGGUCCGAACAUCCUCCGUAAUGAUACUGGGAACAUGGUUCAUACAAAUGGCUUUCAUCUCGUUUGACCGCCACCAGUUAACAGGUGUUUCCCCAAAUCCACAUUGGGACCAGACUGACGAGCGAAACAUACACAUCUUGGUUGCCAUAUUUGGUGGACAUAUCAUUAUGAACAUGAUCGUUGCUAUUAUUGUAUAUAUACCAUUGUAUGUUGUGUAUGGCCGAGGUACAUACGAUUACAAAUACAACGAACUUGGCGAGGGACACGAGAAACUGCUAGGGGCUGGACAAAUGUCCUUUAUUGGACAACAGUUGAAGUAA